AAAGUGCAAUUCCUCUAAAACUAAUACAAAUCACAGAAUCUGACUGUUAUACACAAACAACCGGGUCAAUUCAUUCAUCACUUCGUAACUAAAUUAUAAAAUAAAAUGAGACUGUUGUUUUCAUCCCUCAUGACUUCAAGACGUCUUCAUUGAUUUGCACGCAACUUUGAUGAAAGGUAAUUGACCUAAACCGUCCACUCGUGUUUCUAUAAUUUGGAGAAUCAGGAGUAUGUGCACAUACUGUAAACAUAUUUUUGAAAUAUCUAUUUAUAUAUAUUAUAUGGGAUGUCAUGAAAGGGUCAUGAACCUUGUUACAUGUCUUGCUUCCAUUUCUCAUAUUGCUGAACGCGUUGAGUUCCUGCAGGCAGCACCUAAAGGGCACUGACACAAACAUCGUGUAUCCCCUCUACAAAUGUUAAUUGACCCGCUGAAUCCCUCCAGCACUUUGUUUUCUUUCUCUGAAACGUUACUUUUGUAAUGUAGUAUAAUGCUGGUACAGAGAACACAAAUCACGGCUUCAUUUGCACCUUCAGCUGAUAAGUGAACUUUGACUCGUUUGACUAUGGGCCGCCCACAGUCAACCUGCGAAAAAUCUUGGCGUGCUUUGACUGGGGAAUAAAAGUUGAUUGGAACAGUUUAAAGACUGAGUACAACUGAUAAUAUCGAAAACCAUCCCGGACAUAUGGGUUCCUGUGUCCAGAGGCGUUAAUAAAUAACACCCUGGUCGAGCAAGUCGCUGAUUGCUUUGUUAGGGGUGAAGCCCGGCGCUCGCCAACGCCAAGGCGGGCUCGACCGCGACGUCCUGAGAAACAGCGCAACGUGGAGGCGGCCGGCCGGUCGGAAAUGGGCUCUUCGCUGACGGGAAGUUUUGUUUCCAACCAUCGAGCUGACCAAAGAUCAUAGAUGACUGCGAAAACAAAAGACCAGUAGCCAACCGUCUGCACGGCUCGCAACUGCUCGGCGGGGGGUGUGAAAACCAACUCCAAUCCCCACCUCCCUCCCACCAGAAAAUCCCCAGGAGGAAAACAAAGGCACCAAGUGAAAUUUGCGCCCACUGCGUGCGUUUUCUUUGCUAAUUUUUCUUUGCUAAUCCCCCCUCCCUAGUUGCAACGUUUCCAGCCGAGCUUUCCCAAACACGGGCGAGGAGGGGAGGUAUCUGUCCUGAGGUCUGAGUGCUGCGGGCGCCCCCGCAGGUGGUUCGCUGGGCCGGUGUGUGGGAGGUGCGGGAAAGGCCGUGGUGUGAAUGAUCGGGAUCCCUUUGUGUGGCAGCAGGCUCGGCUCGGCUCGGCACUGCACUGCUCUGCGGCUGCUGUACCACUGGUGCGGCCGCCCACUGCCGCCUUCACCGGGGGGUCUCUGCUGGAUACAAGCGGCCAAGAAGACGCUUCUCCACUGUCCCGCUGGCACAAAGGAUUGCGGACUGAGGACUGAUUCCGGGGCUGCUACAGUCAUGAUGCGGGGAGUCCAGUACACCGCCGGCGCCGGCGAUGCUUCCACGGGCAUUUAAGUUUUGCCUUCGGACGCGUGGAUGUUUUGUAGCCGGACGUAGUGCAGUUUCGGACUUUGAAUGGAGAAUCACGGCGCAUCAUCGCAGGGGCCUGGUGGUGGUUGUUGGCUUUUCUGCCCGUUUCUUUUAGCGAUAUAGAAGGCGCCCACAAACCUCGGGAAAGUUUGCUGCCUUGUACUGAGAUUAUUUUUUUUUUUACGGCGGCCCAAAAGAAAAUGAAACCUCGCACUGCAGACGUGGAGUUGUCAGGGGUGGUUUUGCUGCUGGUGGUCGGGGCUUGCGUAUCUGUGCCGAGUGGUUGUAAGCACUUGGAUGAACGUCCGAAAAACGCCUGGAAGCUUUCGUCCGCCGCUGUCCCGCCGGCCACCCCAGUCCCCGGGGCAGCCGACAAGAAAGUUGUUUGCACCAAUUUGGAGCUGACAGAGAUUUUCCCACUCGACACCCUCCCCAACAAGACAGUUACAUUGAUCCUCAGCAACAACAAAUUAACAGAGUUGAAGAAUAACUCGUUUGCAGGACAGAGGUAUCUGGAACGAUUAGAUAUGAGGAACAAUCUCAUCAGUAAUGUAGAAUUGGGUGCUUUCUGGGGACUUUCAGCACUGAAAAGACUGGAUUUAUCUAGCAACAAGAUAAGCUGUCUAAAUGGGGAAAUGUUCAGAGGCUUGUCAAAUCUUAUACGAUUGAACAUUUCAGGAAACCUCUUUUCUACACUGUCUGAAGGGAUAUUUAAGGACCUGCAGAUGCUGAAAUAUGUAGAAUUUCAGACAGACUAUCUGUUGUGUGAUUGCAACUUACUAUGGGUGAUACAAUGGAUAAAGACCAAAAAUGUAACUGUCAGGGAAACUAAAUGUGCCUUCCCAAAGUCUCUGCAGAGGCAGCUUGUGAUGAGUGUUAAGAAAGAACUUCUGACUUGUGAUGCUCCUCUUGAGCUGCCAUCCUUUCAGUUGAGUCCUUCCCAUCGUCAGGUGGUGUUUGAGGGGGACAGUCUCCCUUUCCAGUGCAUUGCUUCUUACAUUGAUCAGGACAUGCAAGUUCUCUGGUAUCAGGAUGGAAAGAUGGUGGAAACUAAUGAAUCCCAAGGAAUUUAUGUUGAAAAAAAUAUGGUUCAUAAUUGUUCCUUUAUUGUAAGUACACUAACUAUUUCAAAUAUCCAAAUGGAUUCGUCUGGAAACUGGGAAUGCCAAGUCCAAACCAAACGUGGAAACAACACAAAACAAGUCAAUGUCGUCGUCUUGGAAAGCUCGGCUAAGUACUGCCCUCCAGAAAUGGUGAUGAACAAUAAAGGGGAUUUCAGGUGGCCUCGUACACUGGCUGGCAUUACUGCCUACCUGCUCUGUACCCGAUACUCUGCAAGCACUGGUAUUUACCCCGGAGGCUCUCAGGAUGAGAAGGCUUGGCGCAAAUGUGAUCGAGGGGGCUUUUGGUCCGAUGACAACUAUUCUCGAUGUCAGUAUGCAAAUGAUGUUACACGGGUUCUUUACAUGUUUAACCAGAUGCCUUUGAACCUUACAAAUGCUGUGGCAACAGCACAACAACUCCUGGCUUACACAGUGGAAGCAGCAAACUUUUCAGAUAAGAUGGAUGUCAUUUUUGUGGCUGAAAUGAUUGAAAAGUUUGGCAAGUUUGCAGAGAAAUACAAGGAGCUUGGAGAUGUCAUGGUGGAUAUUGCGAGUAACAUCAUGUUAGCAGAUGAACAUGUCCUCUGGAUGGCACAAUGGGAAGCUAAAGCCUGCACUCGAAUUGUUCAGUGUUUACAACGGAUUGCUACUUACAGGCUAGCCAGUGGAGCUCAAGUUUAUUCCACAUAUUCUCCAAACAUUGCAAUGGAAGCCUCUGUGGUGAAAGCCAAUGGCUUCACUGGGUUGACCUGCACCGUGUUCCAGAAAGUCACCAUGGCAGAUCGAUCAGGACUAGCUGACUUUGGACGAAGAGAUCCUGAUGGCAACCUAGAUAAACAGUUCAGUUUUAAGUGCAGUCCUGGCAAUAUCAGCAACACACUUUCUAGUUUUGUAAUCAAGAAUACCAUAGCAGAGGCAUCUAUUCAAUUGCCACCAUCCUUGUUUUCCCAAAAUCCUGUAUCAACUCAAAUGGACGAUGCAGUCUACAAAUUACAGCUUAUUGCUUUUCGGAAUGGCAAACUUUUUCCAAGCACGGGGAAUUCUACAAAUUUGGCAGAUGAUGGAAAGAGACGGACUGUGGCCUCUCCAGUCAUCUAUACUAAGAUAGAUGACACCAGUGUAUAUACUCUCAGUCAACCUAUCACUGUGACACUGCGUCGUAUUGCACAUGGAGUGGAUGCUAUUGCUGCCCACUGGGACUUCAACCUUCUGAAUGGUUAUGGAGGAUGGAUUUCUGAUGGCUGCCAGAUUAUCACAUCGGAUGAAAAUGUCACCACAAUGCAAUGUUAUACUUUGAAUAACUAUGCAGUGUUGAUGGAUUUGACCAGUGCUGAUUUCCUACAACAAUCUGUUGCCCUCUUGCAUCCAGUAAUAUAUGUUGCUGCAACUAUACUGCUCACUUGCUUGGUCAUAAUUAUCGUAAGCUACAUAUAUUACCACAGUGUGGUCCGGAUCAGCAGAAAGACCUGGCACAUGUUGGUGAACUUCUGCUUUCACGUUUUCCUUACGUGUGCAGUGUUUGUAGUUGGCAUCAAUCAGACCAGGAAUAUUAGUGUUUGCCAAGCGGUUGGGAUAAUUCUACACUAUUCUACUCUUGCCACCAUCUUGUGGGUUGGUGUCACAGCACGAAAUAUUUUCAAACAGUUGACGAGGAAAGCAAAAAAAUCUCAGGAUCCUGAGGAACCUCCUCUUCCACCUCGGCCAAUGUUAAGGUUCUAUCUAAUUGGUGGAGGAAUUCCGAUCAUUGUGUGUGGCAUCACAGCUGCAGCUAAUAUUAAAAACUACGGAAGUAAAGUGAAUGCACCAUACUGUUGGAUGGCUUGGGAGCCCAGCCUGGGGGCCUUUUAUGGACCUGUCGGGUUUAUCAUCUUCAUCAACUGCAUUUACUUUCUUAGCAUAUUCGUGCAGCUUAAGCAACACCCUGAACGGAAAUAUGAACUGAAGGAAGCAGUGGAGGAACAGCAGCGUUUGGCAAGUGCAGACCGUGGAGAAACUAAUGUUAACGAUUCAACAUCAACAUCACAAGCAAAUUGUUCUGUGGUUUCCUCCUCCGCACUGGAGAAUGAACAUUCAUUUCAAGCACAAUUGCUGGGUACAUGUUUGUCAUUGUUUAUGUACAUUGCCCUGUGGGUAUCUGGUGCGUUAGCAGUGUCCCAGUACUACCCUAUGGACCUCAUAUUUAGCUGCAUAUUUGGGGCCACAGCUUUGAGCCUGGCUGCAUUUCUCAUACUUCAUCAUUGCAUUGGCAGAGAGGACAUACGGCAGUGUUGGAUGACUACUUGCUGCCCAGGGAGGAGUACUUAUUCCAUUCAAAUUAAUGUCCCACCUACAGAUCCUGGUCACGCCAAUGGUGAAACUUCAAAACUCACCAACAGCAGUACAGAAUCCUCCUGCACAAAUAAGACUGCUUCCAGCAAUAACAAGCUAUCCCAAGGAUGUAAGCUAACUAAUCUUCACGCUGCUGCAGUACAGAACCAGCAGGUUAAUUUGGAAAGUAAUUUAUCUACACAGCUUGACAACAGCCUUACAGAACAUUCAGUGGACAAUGAUCUGAAAAUGCACGUGGCCCCUGUGGAACUACCGUUCCGUUCUAAUGGACAAGUGAACAGGCAUCAUAAAAACCGGACUAGGGCCCACCAAGCUCAUCGUCACAGCAGGCUGACUGUGUUAAGAGAAUAUGCAUAUGAUGUACCUACCAGUGUGGAAGGAAGUGUGCAUAAUAUCCAGCCGAGGAGCAGGCACAGUAACCAUGAAAGUCGUCAUGGGAUUAGGAAAUCUCGCUCCGCUUUUAGAGACCGCCAUCAAUGCGGCAACCAACCCGAUGGUAGUGAUGUCUGUUACACACUGCCACAAUGCAAUCAAAGCACAGUAAAGAAUGGAGUUGGUGCCAGUAGAGACAGCAAACAAAAACCUAUUGUGGUUGAACAUGAGAACAGUAAGUCUUAUGGGCUUAACUUGGCGAGUCAAAAUGGACUGCUGAAAGGCAGCGGUCAGGAUGUCCCCUUGCUCGGUGCAGACAGCACUGGAAAUGUCAGAACUGGAUUUUGGAGAAAUGAAACUACUGUGUAGUUUACAAAAAAUCAAUUUUAUUAAAUCAAAACUGUGACAUGCAUUCCUUUCCAGUUAAAAUUGUAAAAGUUUACAGAAUUGUUUUACAUUGUGUAUUGAAACUGAAGGUACGAUCUUGCAUCUAAUAUGUGAAGCUAUAAGUUUCUUGUAUCUAAUUUUAUAUCUUUUUAAGAGACCCAAGGUUGCCAUUUUUGUGAAGUCACAAUGAGAAUAGUUUCACAGUUUCUAUUUUUGUAGCAUUUAGUCCUGUUUUGUUAAACACUGCUGGAUGUUCUUAUACCUAAAAUUGCAUGAGAAAUGGAGCUCAGAAGCAUUGGGCAAUAUCUACUUCUGAGCGUGUAAUUUUCUAAAUAAUAAAAGGUUUGCCUUGUGA